AUGACGCAGAGCAAGCACCGAAUCGAAAGUCUAUGGCGCUUGACGAUGUUGCUCAUGUUCUUUAUUACAAUCAUUCGAUGCCUUACUAUCAAUGCUGUUAUCAAUCUUCUAAUCGUGUCGAAAAGCUUCGUGUUUCCAUCGGGUGACGUCACGAUUAUUAAAGUGUUAUGGCUCAUAUUUGGAUUAGUACUCGCUGGUAUAAACUUCUAUGACUUGUAUAACAAACGCAGUAUCAAGAAUUCGUUUGAGAGACAUCAAUUAUAUCUUUUGGAUAAAUUCUGUUCGCAUUUAAAAGUACCGAUUCUCAUCUCACACAGCAAGUCAACUCAAGUACAAGUAGAAUCUUCACAAUUUCGAGGACAAGUUGCAAUCACAGCGACGUGGAAUCAAUUGAAUCUUUCACUUCAAGGUGAAUUUUUGAAAAAUGUAGCACCAAAUAGUCAAGUGGUCUUUGCUUUGGAGGUUUCGAUUGAUACGCAAAGCGACAAAGGGUUGAUUAAAGUAGCAAAAGCUGUCGUGAACAGACUGUGUGGAAAGGAUACGAUCCAGUAUAUACAAGGUGGAAUCCACUCAAGUAAUUCCACAUUCUCGAUACUUUCGUUGAAAACUUCAUCUUUAGGUGUCGAUUGUAUUGGAUCUAGUCAUACAUUUGAAGGAAAUUUUAUCGGUUGGAGGUCGAAAUUGCUAUUUCGACUGUACCAUCUCGCACUCGAGUGGCUUCCGAUUAAUUGGAUUGUUCUCUUCAACAUUCACAUUGCAGCGUAUUUAGUAUCUCCACCGUCUAUUCAAGACCACCAAACGUCAUCAAUUCCUAACUCUACAACGAAAACAAAACAAUAUUUAUUUUGUUUCUUAGUACAAGGUUGUCAACAGACAGAAGCACUGCCCGAAUCAAACCAAUUACGGGUCGCACUCUCUUCAAAAGAUCAAUUUGCUCAAUUUGAAGUUGGGUCUCCGAUUGCACUACAUACUAUUAGUAAACACCGACGCUGUGGUAUACCACGAGCACAUGCAGAGGCUUGUCGACAGAUUGCUGAGGAUGCCCGUGCAUUACGCAAAAUACGAUUUUCGCUUGAUGUUUGGGUCGAAUUUGUUGAUCGGAUAGCUGGGCGUCGAAAAGUUGGGUAUCUUUUUAAAGUUGUUGAUACAACAAAGAAGUCUCAGUGUACAGUCAUGCGUAGUGCUGUCACAGUGAAAAAUGCUGUGCUUCUUUUGCGGCUCGAACACGAGAUUGAGAGAAAAGAACGAGAACAAGAGACUGGAGUUGCUGAUAUAGACGAUUCAGAGGCGGAUCAAGUUGACGAACAUGUUGAUCUUCAGAAUCUCAGUGUUGAGUCGCGCACGUAUCGAUACGAACUGAUUGAACACGAAACGGCAGCAAUAGCUCGAAUUCUUGAUCAAAUUGCUUUAAAAGGAUCGAAAAAACGAUAUCGAUGGUGUCUACCGCAACGUUGCUAUCAGAACCAAUUGGAAGCAGCGACACUCUAUCGAUGCCUUAUGUCUCCAUCUCAAUUACCUUCUGUACCAAGUUAUCAAGCGAUUGGUGUACAGUUGACGGAGUUUCAGCGAUUAAAUAUGAAAAUUGUAGAUGAGAUAGGAAUCUACCGUCAAUAUGAUAGCGGCGAUGGAACAAUCCCAUUGCUACGUCAAGAGUGGCUUGUUGUGUCUGCUGACAAUUUACAUUUCUUUCGAUCGUAUUCAGCGUCUCCGUCACUGAGCAUUCCAGUAACGAAUGUGCUUGACGUAUGUGCCAUCGAUUGCGUGAGUUUACUUCAGGGUCAUCAACCUUCAGAUGUGCAUCACGAACAAGAUGCGGUUGUUCGUUGGUUUUGUCUGGAAAUUCAUCUUGUUUUUGAAGUUAUUACGCUCUAUGUUGAGACUUUAGCGGAACGGGAUCACUUGAUUACGUCUCUGCAUCCUUUAACUAUCACUGAUUGUGGAAAUCAAAUGACUAACGGUAUAAAGUUAACAACUGAUCCGACGUCGUUCCUCUUUUCUCCCAUGUCGCUUGCCUCUCAAAGUCAGCCAAUUUGUCUGAAUCAACGCACAUCUCGAUUUGUGGUCACGACUGCUAUGAAAACAGAUGCACUUGGUGCAUUUAAGAUAGUGCAGGAAAGUUUAGAGGCCGGACUGAAAGUGUUUGCUCUGGGUGAGACUGUUGCUAGGCUUCGUACAAGUCUAAAUAUUGUGCGUGAUUUUCUACGUCGAGUUGAGCAAUUCAAUUAUCUUGAUCUGGAACAGGUGGCAACUGAAAUGACAAGCGAGGAUCGUUAUGCUAUGGGUCUCAAUUUAUACCAUACGCUCUUCAUCCAUACAGUGCUUGUUUUUGGGUAUCCUCAAAAUCAUGAACAAUGGAAAUUGGCACAAACUGUGCCGUGUUACCUCAUGCGUAAACUUCAUGCAAGUGAAUCGGUUCGAUAUACUCUAGCCGAUAUCCAACGCAUCAUAUUGCGCUGUCCUGUACCAGUAGAUUUAGGAGCAUCAAGUUUUAAACGAAGUUUAUCACAACAUGCACUUAUGGAUGUCGCUAUUGGUGGUGGAGAUGCAAUCAAUGGAUUAUGUCGAGCAGUUUUGGGGGUAGCGUGGACACCUGUGCUGCCUCGUAGUACCUCGUAUACACAAAUCAAAACAACUCCUCAACCAAUUUCGACAACUCUAGCAAUUGAACGUGCAGAUUUGCGUACGAGUUUGGUCCUUCAGAUUAAUAGUUCACCACCCAUUUCCAAAACUUUGGGAAUCAUGCGUGUGUAUGAAGGAAGAAAGCUGAAUGCACAAUUAAAUUCGACAUGCACGAUGUUUCUAAAGCGCGAGUUACGAUUGAAUGAAAUUAAUCGGAUGAUCUACUUGCCGCGUGUUUGUGAUUGGUAUCGCAUUGGGUAUCAACAAGACGCUGAUGAUGUGGACUAUUCGAGCCAGAUAAGUCAAAUCACACAUGGUCGACGGCGUAGAAGUAGCAGCGGCUCGGGUCUUUCUACGCUACCGACAUCUCGAGGGUUUUACUGCUUGCAACGUCUUCUUAGCUACAUGGAAUUGGACCAGCAUGAUCGUGCAAUGCAUCUAUUGCUUGGUGCUGGAGACGAGUGUCGUUUUGUGUUCUCGGAAUUCUGGACAAGACCCAGCCGAUCAGCUGUUGCUAACAUGUUAACUAGUGCUGGAAAUACAGCUUUAUCGGUGCUCAUUAGCGUUACUGGAGGAACGAGCUUUCGUCAAAACUUUGAAGAUGCUGAAUAG